AUGAACCGAGCAAAUGAGACCAGCUCGAAUUUGAAGCUCAUUUCACUGGUAGUCUUAAUUGUGCAGACAACGGCACUGGUUUUGACGCUCCGUUACAGUCAGACUCAGGUAAUGUUCGUUUUCACGUCGUAAACGUGAUUUAGAAUUUCAUUUCCUUUUCUGCUUAUAUAUAUUUUUCUGCCUGAAAUGCCCUCGUUUUCACAGAAAUAAGCUGCAGUUUUGACAAAAGGUCACGUCAAAUUCAAAAACUAUCCAUGACGUGAAGCAUUUUUCAGCUCCUACUUUUUGUGAUAUAUAAUAUAUAAUAUACCUCCUAAAAUUAUUGAAUUUUGCAGAAAUCAGAUGGACCCCGCUACCUUUCGUCGACGGCGGUAGUGUGCGCGGAAGUCAUCAAGCUAAUUACUUGUAUUUUCGUGAUCUACCGUAAUACUGGAUAUCGUGUGACCGGCAUGUUGGCCGAAAUGAAUCGAGAAAUUUUUGCGACUCCACAAACGAGAUCCGAUUCGCUGAAAGUCGCUGUUCCGGCCAUCAUGUACGUCAUCCAGAACAAUCUUUUAUUCUUUGCCCUCAAAAAAUUGGAUGCCGCCACCUAUCAAGUAAGUUUUUCGCAGUUUCCCCAAUUUCCCACGAAUCUUCCACACGGUAGACUUCAAACCCACAAAUGUUGUUCCUUUCCAGGUGACAUAUCAACUGAAAAUCCUGACAACUGCCAUCUUCUCAGUUACAAUGCUCGGAAAGUCUCUACAUCGUUACAACUGGCUCGCCCUGCUUCUUCUCACCGCCGGAGUCGCCCUCGUUCAGUAUCCAAGUGGAGACGCUAAGCCAUCAGCUCCAGUUCACGAUGCUUCUGACAACAUUCUGGGUCUUGGAGCAGUUCUUGCCGCUUGCUUUUCGUCUGGCUUCGCAGGAGUUUACUUCGAGAAGAUUCUAAAAACGUCGAAGGUGUCUCUGUGGAUCAGAAACAUUCAGCUAGCGUUCUUCUCGGUGUUCGGAAGCUUUUUCGUCUGUUGGCUUUACGAUUGGGAAGCGAUUAGCGAGGACGGAUUCCUUCGAGGAUACAAUAAAAUAAUCUGGAUCGUCGUUCUUCUUCAAGCUUAUGGUGGCUUGGUUAUUGCUCUCGUGGUGAAGUACGCGGAUAAUAUUCUGAAAGGAUUCGCCGUCUCCCUCUCAAUCAUCCUUUCCUCCUUCACUUCCUGGCUGGUUCUUGGUGAUUUGACUAUCACUACGUUAGUUUUCAUAUUUAUUCAAAAUAGAAAAAAUUGUAUUUCAGAACUUUCGCCAUAGGAGCUACCAUCGUCAUCUUCGCCACCUUCCUGUACGGCCACGAGCCGAAGAAGAGCCCGGUUGCUCACAAUGCAUAA